UUCUGAAGUUCAAUUACUUUUUCCAUACCCUUUCUACAAAAAUUGUGCAGUUCAAUUCUCAAAGCUCAUUGAUCUCUCCUCAAGUCAGUAUAGGGCUAGGAUCACAAAUGCCAGGUCUUAACAAUGUAUCUGGCUUGGCUCUGCAACAACAACUGGGUUCCAUCCAUCAACGGUUCAGUCAGCAAUAUUUUGCUCUUUCAGAAGUUGGCAAGGGGAAAAUUCAGGAGCAGCUGGGGGAGCAGAAUCUACCUGAUUAUUCAGGUGCUGAUUCUGCUGUUAGGUCUGGAGUGGGCAAGAAUACAAUGAAUGAGGAUGAUCUGAUAUUCCCACAAGCAUCAGAUGCUGGAUUAGUGGGCUCUUUUGCAGAGCCUGCUCAGCUUCUUAGAGAUACUGACCUAUCCCCUGGGCAACCUUAUCAGCCUACUCAACCUUCUCGAAACCUGGGAUUUAUUGGGCGAAGCAGUAGCUCUGACCUUGGUGCUGUUGGUGAUAAUUUUGGUUCCUCAAGUUUGAGUCAUGGAGGCCAUCGUGAUCGGAUAUACAAUCAGGCAAUGCUUGAGGCUGCGUUUUAUAAUCUUCCUCAACCAAAGGACUCAGACAGGAGGCGUCCUGUUGACAGGCCUCCUAGCUUUCCUCAAGUAUCUCCUUAUAUGGAUGACAUGUUUUUUGACACCUUACAUGUUCCAGUGGAUCUUGUUAUCGACCACUCUGUUCAUGUUGAUGUGGCAAGGUCAGAAAGUGUCUUGUUUUGA